CUACUGUCUGUCGGUGGCAUGCCACCUGCAACCAUACUGCAACCAUAUCCUCCGUUGUCCAUUUUGGUAAUGUGACUGGUCUUUCUGGCGCCAAAAAUGGUUUCCGACGAUGGCAUUUCAAGAGACUCGACCCUCUCCCGACGAAGUACAGAGUCUUCUUCGGAUCAGCAUUCCAAUUACGAGAUCCAGAUACCCUCCACUUUAUCGGGCUCCGUUUCAUUGGAUACCCGUAAUCGCUGUAAAAAAUGCUCCAAGUUCCUAUCAGAAGUUUCGUCAUCAAAACAUUUUCAAACGCAGACCUGUCUCGGCACGUUCGACGACUACAAUGACCCUGAAUGUUUGCUUUGUCAUGUAAUAUCAUGCUCUGUACGCCUCUUAAUUGGUUCAUCAAAGGGAAAAAUCGACCAAAAAGAAAUCAAGCUCUUUGCGAUGGGAAAGAGACGGCCGGCAAAAUCUUCGGGCUCUCGUCAACUCAAAAUUUCGGGUCAUCGACCACGUAUUCUUCUAGCUUUGAAUGUCGCCCCUUCCGACCAAGGCUUUGUGAUAAGCAAUGGUACACGAUUUUCAGUUGCAGAACUCGAGGACGUCUCACCCUUAUAUGCUCCAAAACCCAAUUCCGAGAGCAACCCGGAAGCAUGCUCAAGGCGUGUGAUCCCACCACAGAUGGACCUUGGACUCAUAAAUCAGUGGAUGCAAGUCUGCAACGCUCACAAGCACUCAGAUAAGAUCUCAUCAACGGAUGGCCAUGAUCCGUUUCAACACGCGCAAGGAUUCCGGCUCAUUGAUGUCGUCGACGAGUGUCUUGUACAGAAAACCGACCGCUGCUCUUAUCUUGCCUUGUCCUAUGUCUGGGGCACCACAAUUGAUUCAAUGCUUAAAACCAUCCGAAGCAAUAUCAGAGCACUCAGGAAGCCCGGUGCAUUGAAGAACCAAGACUCUAUACCUCGCACAAUACGAGACGCAAUGUGCUUGGUUCGGAGUAUUGGGCAAAGGUAUCUUUGGGUUGAUGCAUUAUGCAUUGUCCAAGAUGACCCCGAGGAGAAGAAGCGGCUUAUAUGUGGUAUGGAUUAUGUAUAUGAGAAUGCCAUGCUCACCAUAAUUGCCGCUUCUGGUGGAGACGCGGAUGCUGGCCUGUCUGGCAUAACACACCGACAGGAUCAGGCCUAUGAGGAGACAGCAAUAUUCCAAGUCAAGAAAAGCAUUUUGCGAGUUUCCACCUACCGCCCUUCUUUGACAGAGCAUCUCCAAAGCUCACGCUGGAACACCCGAGGCUGGACAUAUCAAGAACAGUAUCUAUCAAAACGAUUACUAUAUUUUACGCCCGACGAAGCCUUCUUUGUCUGCCGGUCAUGUCGGUUUAGGGAGGGCUAUUGCCUCGAAGACCUUGAUCGGACUUUCUCUUCGGGACAAGGGCGACCAAGAUGGAGCUCGAGGCUUCGAUCCAGGGCGUCUAGCGGGAAAGAUGUUGAGUCGCACCACUACCUGUCUACUGAUCUCGAGCUGGGUACGGUAGCUGUGCGAGAAUGUCAAAGUGUUAUCCUUGAAUACAGUAACAGGGUUCUCAGCGACCCGGAAGAUAUUUUGAACGCAUUUUCUGGGGUUUAUAACCACCUCAGUUCUAUAUCCGGGGCUAGUCCGCUUAGUAUCCCUGGAGGAGUUCGCCUCGACACGACAAUAACCUUCACUCAAGGGAUUCCGCCAUGGUUCAUCUCCCAAGGUCUACUCUGGCACCCUGCCAAUGGCACUACAAAGCGGAGGAGUGCAUGUAAAGAUGACUCAGAUGCUGUAUACUCAAGCUGGUCAUGGACUUCUUGGAAUGGUCCCAUCGAAUUUCUUAGCAAUGUCUCUUUCUGGCCCUGGCAAAACGACGAAGGACCCUACCUUCACGUACAUAGUUGGAUACCUGAAUGGCACUUUGCUGGCUUCAGCGUAGGGGGUGUAAUCAACAAUCGCAACGACCUUAAGGCACCUCGGAACUCUCCCAGAUCCAAGUAUAUACCCAAGGGAGCAGCACGGCUAGCUCAAGAGGCGAAAAAAAGCAUCCCGCCGACAGUGACGCUUGCAAGCGGAGACCUCGGAUUCUGGGCACCCUGCCUAAGCUUCGAAUUCUCAUUGUACAAGGAAACGAAAUGUCCUGCCGCGGUGUGGAAUCUAUCCCCAACAAGCAUUUCGGAUCAGUGGUGCGGCUCCUUCAGAUUUGAUGAUGGCAUCGUAAAGCCUGUCGAGGAUUUCGUCCUCUUAUCGCGGCGGGGUUGCGACUUUUUAAUCCUUGGAAUUGAUACGCAGAAUGGUGUUUCCACACGUGUCGGCAUUGGCCUCGUGUGUUUCCAGGGCGAAUCAAGGGAUUCUCAUAGUAAUUUCUGGGACCAGCUUGAUGCUGCUGGUGAGCUCAAGUGGGAAUGGCGGUUUAUUGUCUUGCGAUAAGGCCAAAGCUAUUGUCUACAAACACUGGUUCAGAAAGUUUCAAUUAUGUUACAAUACCCCAAUAAAUGUAAAAAAAAAU